GUAGGUGCGUGUGCGUGCUACCGCGCGUAUACGCUCUCUCAUUCUCGGUACCGUGCGCGCGUGUGUGUUGUGUUAGUGUAUAUGUAUAUGUGUAUGUGUAUUCUGGCGCGCGCGCAUUAACGGAAUUCACGAUCAGACACGCAGGGACUCUCAACAAAUGUUUAAAUGGACGCAUCGUCCAUUAUCACCCAAGUGUCGCGGGAUGACGAGCUAGGCCAGUUUAAUAAUGAGAAAGCCCAGUUACCGCAAGAGAAUGAAGUGGCCAGCAAUGGUCCAGCCAGUGGCAAAAAGCCAAGAGGGCGUGGACUUCUGCGAUCUCUACUUUGUUGCCUUGGUAGAGGACGUGGAAGUAGUUCAAAAAGUUCAAAACCAAGUCCUGUACAAUGGGAGGAUAAUGGUUACUUACCACCACAAAGGACUGGAUCCCAACGGUUUCUUCUCCCACCUGUCAGACAUCAGGAUAUGCACAAGAAGUGCAUGGUGAUUGAUUUGGAUGAAACGCUAGUGCAUAGUUCUUUCAAACCGAUCAACAAUGCCGAUUUUGUUGUUCCUGUAGAAAUUGAUGGGACAGUGCAUCAAGUAUAUGUUUUAAAGAGGCCUUAUGUGGAUGAAUUCUUACAGAGAAUGGGCGAACUAUACGAGUGUGUAUUGUUCACAGCAAGUUUAGCUAAGUACGCUGACCCAGUAGCAGAUCUACUUGACAGGUGGGGAGUGUUCAGAGCAAGACUGUUUAGAGAAUCUUGUGUUUUUCACAGAGGAAAUUAUGUUAAAGAUUUAAAUAAAUUAGGACGGGAUUUACAACACAUUAUUAUUGUUGAUAAUAGCCCUGCCAGUUACAUUUUCCAUCCAGACAAUGCGGUACCAGUGGCAUCAUGGUUUGAUGAUAUGACGGAUUCAGAACUGUUAGAUUUAAUUCCAUUUUUUGAAAAACUCAGUAAUGUGGAAAACAUUUAUACGGUCUUGUGCAAUAGCAAUCAUCCUUAUAAUCAAAUACCUGUUGUACAGAAUAGUCCAAGCCCAGGAUCAGGUUCGCUUGGUGCUUCCUAGCCCCACCUAAAUUCUGGCCAAUCAGCCAGUAUUAUUGUCGCUCAAUGCACUCUAAGGAGAAUUUUGACUGGGAUAAUCCACAUUACUUUUUUGUUAUGUGGUAGUGGUCGAUCAGGUAUGGCCACUAAUAUCGGAUAUAGAGCAUGAACAUACCUAUCAAACAGUUGUUCAAUAUGGAAGUGGAAAUUCUGAGUCCUUCAGUGAACCGUUUAUUUCAAUGCAACAUGAACUGUAGCUGCUUUAUUGUUGAUUAAAAUUCUCUUUCCCGAUAAACAGCAAUACACUAUGUUGUUAACUGUUCACAGUAUGAUGAAUGUAAUGUACCAAGUAUACUGAUUUAAUCAGCAACAUCACAGGUACUUGAAAAAAGUUCAGAAAAUAGCUCAAUUGGUAAUAAUGAAUAUCUCUUCCAAUUAUCACAAAACGGAGUAGACUUUGAAUAUAAUUUAUUGGUUUCAUAAAUGGAUUAAUGUGCGUGUUUCCAUGUUUGGUGUACUUGAAACAAAAGAAGCAGAUAACAAGGGUAACAGUGACUGUGACAAGUGACAUACAUUUUAUAUUGGGUAAGUGCAUAAAUUUGUGCUUGCUUAAUCUUAAUUCAUGCAGAAUACCUCAAGCAAUAUUCAUAUGAAAAGAAAUUAUGUAUAAGAAAUCAGGGCAUAGCGUUAAGUGAUGCGAACGAAAGGAAAUGCUGGAUUUGAGUCGUUUGAUGGGCCAUUCUACUUCUUUACCUUAUUGUAUUCUAAUUAUGUGCUACAUCUUUGCGUUACUUUUAUUGAUAUUACAUAUAAAAUUUUAAUGAGUUCUUUGAAUAUUAUUAAGUAACACAAGAAUUCAUUUUUAUAUCAAUUUUAUGAGGCUGAUAAUUCCAAAUGGUAACAGAAAUUAGUGCAUUUUUAAAUUCUUUUGUUGAUUACAAUCAAGGUUUGGUAAAAAAUUAACUAAAAAAAUCUAGCUGAUUUUACUAAAUUAGAUAUCCUUUCUAUGAAUAUACAAAGAAUACUUAAGUAAUUAAUGAUCUAAAAUAAUAAUGCAUGUACGAGAAAGAUUGUUAUUUUUUCAAUUUUUUAUCAUUUUUUUUUUCUAUUGAA